AUGGACAAAGACUACGAUAAAUACCCACAAAGCUCUCCUCCUAGCUACCUAUCAAACAAAUGCAAGGAUGUUAAGAAGGAGCAACCAUCUACAGUAACAAAUGCAUCAAAAAAUCCACCACCAUCUAAUACACCUUUUCCUUCAAAGGUCAGCACAAAAUUUUCGGACUUGCUUGCAUUCAGUGGGCCAGCCCCGGAGAGAAUCAACGGCAGGCUUGCAAUGGUGGGGUUCGUUUCAGCCCUCGCAGUGGAGCUAUUCAAGGGACAGGAUGUGUUUGCCCAGAUAUCCGACGGUGGAGUCUUUUUGUUCGUUGGCACUAGUAUUUUGCUGUCAGUGGCAUCUUUGAUUCCUUUCUUUAAAGGCGUGAGCGUGGAGUCCAAAUCAGAUGGGAUAAUGACGUCAGAUGCUGAGUUGUUGAAUGGAAGGUUGGCCAUGUUAGGUCUGGUAGCGUUGGCCUUCACCGAAUAUGUGACGGGAGGGACUCUAGUUUAG